AUGAUUAGUACCGACAUGAAAUACCACCUUCACGUUCAGAAACUCCAUUCUCAUUACGGCGACUUCGUGCGUACGGGGCCGCGUGAACUUACAGUACUACGCGCUUCAGCCGUCGACCUCAUCUAUGGUCCUUCUUCAAAGUGUACAAAAGGUACCUGGUACAAUCAAAAUUCUGGCGAUGCGGACAAAUGUGGAAUUGAAAAUGUUCGUGACAAGGAAAAGCACCGUAUUCGUCGUAAGGCGUGGGAUAUGGGGCUUGGAUUUCGAGCGCUUGAGUUGUAUGAAAACCGGGUGGCCGACAAAGUAAAACAGCUUAUGAAGCGAAUCGGUUCGGGAAAGCCAGUUAAUGUCACCCAAGACAAUAUCUUCUUUGCUUGGGAUGUGAUGGGAGAAAUAUCAUUCUCCAAGGAUUUCAAGAUGUUACACACUGGGAUAGAGCAUCCCGCAGUGGACGGUCUUCAUUGGGCUAUGGCUACAGCCGGAGUAGUGACAACCUUGCCGUGGCUUAUGAACAUGUUGAGGGUAAUCCCCGGCGCUACGGGAAAAUUUGAGCACUUUGCCAGGUGGUGCUCGGAGGAGCUCGAUAUGAAACGAAAGGCUCUGGCCCUGGAGAAAGCUAGUGGCGAGUCAAAAGAAUCACAGGACGUGAUGUCAUUUAUCAUCAAGGCUCAGCAAGAAGGAGAGCGAUCAGCUCCACCAACCGAGUCCGCGAUCAGGGAGGAUGUUCGUACGUUAGUUUCUGCUGGAAGUGAUACUGUUGCAAUUGCGUUUACAAAUUUUCUCUACUUUAUGGUCAAGUAUCCAAAAAUCUACAAAAAGCUCCAAAAUCUGGUCUCAGCAGAGUUCCCUUCAGGUCCCAGUACUUGGAAUUACAAAAGAGCCAGGAAAAUAUCCUACAUUGACAAGUUGAUCCACGAGACACUACGUCUUCGCCCUCCGGUUCCAAUGGGGUUUCCCCGUCAAACACCGCCAGAAGGACUCCAAAUUGAUGAAGUUUUUAUCCCCGGGGAUGUUAUUGUCAACGUACCCACCUGGUCACUCCAGCACGACGAGCGGUAUUUUGAAUCUGCGACAGAGUUUGUUCCAGAGCGGUGGGAGGGCGACUUGAGCUCUGAAAAAGCCGCGUAUUUGCCGUUUCAGCGCGGACCAUUUACAUGUGUGGGUAAGUCAAUGGCUAUGAUGCAGAUGCGGAUGCUCAUAUCAUCUGUGGCGCUCUCAUAUGAUGUGGCUUUCGCACCGGGAGAAGAUGGGUUGGAGUUUUGGGAUGGUGCAAAGGAGACAUUGACUUUGUGGAUUCCUGGGUUGGAGAUGGUCUUUACACCCAGAUCUUAG